CUUAUCUGGAAAUAACAAUGUGUGCUCAAGUGUCUUGUUCUCUGUCUUUUCUCACAAGAUCAGUCAGAAAUGUGAGGGGCUAUUCGGAAUGGCUCAAGAAUAGAAGAUAUUUUUGUUCUGAGGCAAGUGGUGCUGGAUCUUUAGACGCUGAGUGGUUUGAAUUAGCAAAGAAACAGUUGAAAGGGAAGGAUCCUAACCAGACACUAACGUGGCACACUCCUGAAGGUAUUUCCAUAAAGCCGCUAUACACUAAAGAUGAUACCUCCCGUCUUGAGUCUGAGAUACCCGGGAAGUACCCCUUCACUAGAGGGCCCUACCCCACCAUGUACACACACAGACCCUGGACUAUUAGACAAUAUGCUGGGUUUAGUACAGUUGAAGAAAGUAAUAAGUUUUACAAAGCAAACAUUAAAGCUGGUCAGCAAGGACUCAGCGUGGCCUUUGAUUUACCAACACACAGAGGCUAUGACUCAGAUAAUCCUAUAGCCAUUGGAGAUGUUGGUAUGGCUGGAGUGGCUGUCGACUCUGUGGAAGAUAUGAAAAUACUGUUUAAUGAGAUACCAUUGGACACCAUGUCAGUUUCCAUGACAAUGAAUGGGGCUGUCCUUCCAGUCCUGGCCAUGUACAUUGUUGCAGCUGAAGAACAGGGCGCGUCACAGGACAAGCUGUCCGGUACUAUCCAAAACGAUAUCUUAAAAGAGUUUAUGGUUAGGAAUACUUAUAUAUAUCCACCAGAGUUCUCUAUGAAAAUAGUUGGAGACAUAUUCGCUUAUACUUCGAAAAACAUGCCUCGGUAUAAUUCAAUAUCAAUAUCAGGCUAUCAUAUGCAAGAGGCAGGGGCUGAUGCUGUCCAAGAGCUAGCGUUCACUAUUGCUGAUGGUUUGGAGUACUGCAGGACCGGACUCAAAGCUGGGAUUGAUAUUGACAGCUUUGCUCCCCGACUCUCCUUCUUUUGGGGCAUUGGUAUGAACUUUUAUAUGGAAAUAGCUAAAAUGAGAGCUGCAAGGCGUCUUUGGGCUCACCUGGUCAGCUCACACUUCAAUGCCAAGAAUCAGAGAUCACUUCAGCUGAGAGUCCACUGCCAGACAUCAGGCUGGUCACUAACAGAGCAGGAUCCUUACAAUAACAUUGUCCGUACUGCCAUUGAAGGGAUGGCUGCUGUGUUUGGAGGCACUCAGUCCCUUCAUACUAAUUCAUUUGAUGAGGCACUGGCUCUCCCCACUCCAUUCAGUGCCAGGAUAGCAAGAAACACUCAAAUCAUAAUACAAGAAGAGACUGGGAUACCAAAGGUUGCUGAUCCAUGGGGUGGAUCUUUCAUGAUGGAAUCCCUUACUGAAGAAGUAUAUCAAUCUGCGCUGAAAAUUAUUAAUGAGAUAGAAGAGAUGGGUGGGAUGGCCACUGCUGUUGCUCAAGGCUGGCCCAAACUAAAAAUAGAAGAGGCAGCGUCAAAGAAACAAGCAAGAAUAGACUCAGGGCAAGAAGUCAUAGUUGGUGUUAAUAAGUAUAGGCUCGAGGCUGAGGAGCCUGUGGAUGUACUGUCCAUUGAUAAUAGUAAAGUAAUAGAGACACAGAUCAAUAAGUUAAAACAGAUAUAUGCUACACGUGAUGGAGAAGCUGUACAGUCUGCUUUGAAUAACCUAACAGCUUGUGCUAGAGGUGAAGGUGGCAAUUUACUUGAGCUGUCUAUACAGGCUGCAAGAGCACGUUGUACAGUUGGAGAGAUAUCAGACUCACUUGAAGCAGUUCAUGGACGUCAUGUAGCUGCCAUAAGAACUGUGACUGGUGCUUAUGUUAACGAGUAUGGAGAAGCUGAGGAGAUAGAGAAAGCUCAAGAAAGAGUAAAGGAUUUUGAGAGCAAAGAGGGAAGGAGGCCUCGUGUGCUAGUUGCUAAAGUUGGCGAAGACGGUCACGACAGAGGCUACAAGGUCAUAGCUUCUGGUUUCACUGAUCUUGGGUUUGAUGUUGACAUUGGACCACUCUUCAGUACUCCCACACAAGUAGCUCAACAGGCAGUGGAUGCAGAUGUACAUGUGAUUGGAAUAAGCUCAUUGGCUGGUGCUCAUAAAGUUUUGGUCCCUAAAGUGAUUGAAGAGCUAAAAACAAGAGGACGCGAUGAUAUACUGGUUGUGUGUGGAGGCGUGAUACCACCACAGGAUUAUCAGAGACUGUAUGAUAUUGGAGUGACUGCUAUAUAUGGACCAGGUACUAGUCUGCCUAAAGCUGCACUUGAACUUGUUGAUUUAUUAUCAAAAAGACAUUGAUACAACUAAUUUAUUAUAAGUAUCAUUAUUAUUGUUAUUAAAGAAAAAAUGCAUCCCUGUCCCCGUAGUAAUAUA